CUCCCUUCCUUCUCCACAGGCAUGGUCCCCUUAAAGAGGCUGCAUGAAACAUUCCUCAGGUUGGUCCUCCUGCCUGCGGGGGGCGCCACCAAGCCCAAGGCCUCCGAAGUGCUGAGCCAGCACCUGCUGCAGAGGGGUCUGCCCCACUGGACCUCCUUUUGCGUCAAGUACAGCGCGGUGCUCAAUGACCAGUUUGGGCUCUCCAACUUCAACUGGGAGGUGAACGGGAUGAACUACCACAUCCUACGGACCGGCUGCUUCCCCUUCAUCAAGUACCACUGCUCCCGAGCACCCCGCCAAGAGCUGGCGACGCAGAACCGCUUCUUUACAGCUCUCAAAAUAAUAAACUUAGGUAUUCCUACUCUGUUAUAUGGAAUUGGCUCCUGGUUCCUUGCUAACGUUACAGAGACUGUCCACACACCCUAUGGCCCAGUCACAGUUUACUUCCUAAAUAAAGAAGAUGAGAAUGCCGUCUACUAAAUAGCUGCUUUCAAGAACUACUACUGUUGCAGCUUAUAUAUAUGGGCCAUUGUUUGCCAAAACACAUUCAUGGCUGAAUUGUUGUUUUCAGCCUAGUUGACAUUGGGAGAUGUCAAGAUCUCCCUUAUUUCUUUGGCUUCGUUUAGAAUCCGGGAAGCUCAUGAAGUACCCAGUGGACUAUGAUGCCAGUCAAUGGAGUGACAUCCUUUGGGAACUACUUGAACCUGUUUCUUUAUGUAACUGUUCCUCUUGUGAGGCAAUAAUGGAAAUGUGUGUUCUUGGAGAUUGUUUCUGUUUCUCUGUUGAUCAUGUGUGUGGUUUGUAAGAAUAUUCAAAAAGGCAUCUCAGUCCCCUGUAGUUUGGGGAGGUGCUUCAAAAAUUCACAUGUGUGCGUUUUCAUUAUAGUUUUAUAUAUCUGUACUAUUCAGGGCAAUGGUAAAUUUAGGGUCUUGUGUUGCUUAAGUGUGGAUUUCACCCUAAAGUAUGAAGCAGCCAAAAUGAAGCACCUCUCAUCCUCAGCAGUUAUACCCUUCUAAGCCUGUUGAUGUAGAUUUAGAAGUGUAACUUUCUUUAGAAUGGCACUGUCAAAUACGUGUUUGACUGCCCCUGAACUCACUGGGACUUUUGCUUCUUAGCUCUGGCUGAAUUGUGCCCAUACAUAGCUGAGUUUGAUAUAGAUGGUUAUUGCAUUGAAACAGUGCAUACCCUAACAAGGACUCCGGGUUGUCCUGAACUUCUAGCAGGGAUUAUUAAUGUUUAGUUCAUAAUAAGCAAACUUGCUGGACUAUUAAAGGCUUGGCUUGCAGGUCUAGGAAUGGAUACAGACAAAUUUGUUUACUUUAAGUUAGAGUUUUAACAGUGGCCUUCUUAGGAAAACAAAAUUGCUGUAUUGUGACUAACAGAGAUUUGUCGUUGUUUUUUAAAGCAUAAGACUAGCAGUUGGGCAGGUACACUGAAAUAGUGUAAAAAUGUGUUUGUUAAUAUACGUACGAAGAAGCUUCCCAGUAAUGUAUUUGCUUUGCUUCACUCUAAAUAAAUAUGUAAUCAAAGAAACGCGCUUGUAUAUUUGGACCAGAGAAUAUUUCUCUAACACAAAUUGAAUGAAUAGUUUACACAGUGGAGUAGCUGGUGUGUUACAUUAAGCUUCAUUAAUAAUAAAAGUGACUAUUAGCAUUUUGCUA